UCUAUUCUUAUAGUAAGUUUUAUUCAUUUCUGAAAAUUGAUAUUUCAAGUGCAUUAUAGAAAAUGGGGCAACAACAAUCACAGUGCAAGGAAGAGCUUCUGUUUCAGCAAGUGGGUUACAACGAUAUCGAAGCUAUCAAAUCUCUUCGCUGUGAAGGAGCAGGACUUGAGUGGGUGGAUAAGUUAGGGAGAACACCAUUAAUCUCAGCUUGUAUGAAGGAAGAUCUAUAUGAUGUAGCAAAAACUCUGCUUCAGUUGGGUUCUAAUGUCAAUGCUUAUCGAUCCGGAGGAGGUAGCAAUAGUGGGACUCCUCUGCACCAUGCUGCAAAAAGAGGUCUUAUAAACACGGUUAAGUUACUUCUCUCUCACGGUGCAAAUCCACUGAUUUUGGAUGAUGAUAUUCAGACAGCUCUUGAGGUUGCUAGAGCUGAAGGUCAUUGCAGUGUUGUACGUGCAAUCGAGAAUCACAUCUGCUUGUUCUCUGGUUGGAUGCGUGAGUUUUAUGGCCCAAGCUUAGUUGAAUACUUUGCUCCUGACUAUUUUUCAAGAAGAGUAUGGGUAGUUGCCGUACCAACUGGUUCAAGAAACCCUGCAAAGCCUUUCAAGUUGGAGUUGGCUGUGUAUGAUAGUCAAGAGGAUGCAAAACCAAGGAUAGUGGUGCCAUUGUGGAAAGCCAAUAUGGAUGAACCAAAAUUAUCACAGUCUGAUGAAACAGUGAUGAUUGUUGAGAAUUGCAGAAGGCAGAGACUAGAGAGCUCAGUAGUUUCUCAGACGAGGCGUUGGGUUCAAGUCGAUAGGCAAAUAUGUCUAAAGCUGGCAGCUGAGACCAAAGGAGACAAGAAACAGCUGAACUGGUUUUGUGAGGCAUGUAAAGGAACUCCACAGGUAUAUACUUCCACAACCUCUGCUUCACCUCAGUCUGCAAUGAGCGAGAUGUCAAUGCCAAAUCAUCCUUCUAUAAAAUAUGAGGGUAAAGAAGAUAGAGCGUGUGUGAUUUGUGCGGAUGCAUCAGCUGAAGCAGCGUGUGUGCCGUGUGGACAUGUUGCUGGAUGCGUUUCUUGCUUGAAAAAGAUUAGAAACAAGAAAAUGGGAUGUCCUGUUUGUCGUGCCAACAUUGAUCAGGUCAUUAAGUUGUAUCAUGUCUGAAUAAAAAAGGACCAUCACGUAUCUCCUCAGUGGCUGGAAGAUAGUUGAACCUAUCUCCUAUUUUUUUUUUGUGUGUGGUUGUCAUAUUUUUUUGUAGUUUGUAUUAGUCAGUAUCCUACUCAACUUCCAAUGUGGCAUAUUGUAUCCCUAGUAGUUUGUAAUGAAGUCAAAGUUGUAUGUUUGUCUCUUUUAGUGUUAUGAUAUACAGUGUUUUUAGA